AGAAGGCAUGAUCAUUUAAUUGAUAGUCACUACCAACUUGACUAUACCCUGUGAAAAAAAAAAAGCAGGUGAGACCCAAAAUAGCCACAACAUCUCGGCAUUACCCUUCUCAACCAACGGUCCCAACUACCCAUUUAACAUUUGAGAUUUUUGAAUUUAAUAUGGAGACUAGAUUAUCUAAAAGAAAACGUAUAGGGUCGCUGCCCGGGGGCGAUCGCCGGGGCACACCUGGAGCUGACGCUGGGUGUUUCAGCAUGCGAACCGUCAGCGGUGAGGAGCUGAGCAGGCGGGCUUCUACCGAUAAAAAUACUACAGCCGAACACUACGACGAAAAUGACGCACCGACUGACAGAGCGAAUACCCCAGAAGAACCAUAUAGCCCAAGCACAAUAUCAUACACACCUUCCGCAUCGUCGUCACCAUCUACUACUAGUUUAAAUCCUUGUUCCCCCACACCGACUUUGGAUGUUGCGCGGGAGGCUAACGCCUUCUUACCUGCGUCCACCAAAGCUGGAAAACCAAGAGUGCGCAUGCGAUGGAGCAAAGAUGUAAACAUAUUUAUCAUGCGCACUUACUACUAUAUAACUAAAUUAGAAACAGAUUUUACUAUAUAUAGGAAACAACUUCAUGAACUUUUCACACAAGAAUACCCAGAAAUAAACGUGUCAGAGCAGAGAAUUUCUGAUCAAAGGAGAACUAUAGUAAGAAAUAAACUACUGGACCAAGAGACGCUGAACCGAUUAAAAGAAGAAGUACAAGAGAAACUACAAACAGAAAUUCAAAACACAGAAACUAAUGAACUGAUCGCACCAAUAUAUACCCCGACGGACAAUAUGAUAUUAUCUAGUUACUCGCUAUCUCAAUCACCCACACAAUCUUCACAUAUAUUUACACAAACAGAAAGCACAACACUUACAUUAGAAAACGACACCGUAAUUCGAACAGAUAACAAUAAUAUGACAGAAAAUGAACUCGUUCAAGAUUUAUACGACAAAUUUAGAGAAGUACAAACGCAAUAUUCUGAAAUAGACCCAACAGUAAGACCAAAACUGCCUAAACUAAGAUAUAGUCCUCAACUUGAUCAACUUGUAAAAAUAUUUAACAGCCAGAUACUGGGACAGUUUAUUAAUGAUGAGUUACAACUAAAAGAUAUCCAUACAAUUAUAUAUUGCACAGCUCUAGUAAUAUCAGAGAAACUAAACUAUAAAAUUAUCAAUAACCGCCAGGACCCCAAAUCAAAAAAUUAUAGGAAACCUCCCUGGGAAAUAAGACUAGAAAAGGAUAUUGAAAAGUUAAGAGCAGAUUGUGGCCGCCUUACACAAUAUAUAAAUAAUAAUAGGUCUAAAAAAUUAGUUAAAAAAGUAGAAGCUAUAUUUAAAACAAGACUCACACAUACCAGACAUGAAAACAAUAAUAAAAAACCAGAAGAAUUCUUAGAUACUCUUAAACAAAAGCUAGCACUUAAAGUUCAUAGAUUAAAAAGAUAUAAAAAAGCACAACAGAGAAAGAAUGACAAUAAGAUGUUUGCAACAAAUGAAAAACAAUUUUAUAGAAACUUGCAGAAGCCGAAAACAGGUAUACACAGAGAAGAUAAUCAAAAUAUACCCACAGUACAACAGUUAGAAGAUUUUUGGGCGGGUAUUUGGGAGCAGCAAGUGGAACAUAAUGACAAAGCUGAUUGGAUAAGUGAAGAAACAGAAAAAUGGAGUUCAAUAGAAGAUAUGGAGUUUGUCGAAAUUACUGAAUCCGAUAUUAGAAACAUAACAGCUAGAUUACACAAUUGGAAGUCACCCGGUGUAGAUAGAAUUCAUAAUUACUGGUAUAAAAAACUUAUCGUCUUGCACAAAUCAUUAGCUAAAAAUUUAAGUGAUAUUAUAAAAGGACAUCAGAAUAUACCCGAAUUUAUUACAACUGGAAUAACAUAUAUGCUCCCGAAAACAGACUAUUCCCCGUUACCUUCUCAGUACAGACCUAUCACCUGCUUGCCAACAAUUUAUAAAAUAUUGACAUCAGCUAUUACAGUAAAAAUUAAUUCGCAUAUCGAACGCUACAACAUUAUAGCAGAAGAGCAAAAGGGCUGUAGGCGGGGUCACAUGGGAUGUAAGGAACAGCUUAUUAUAGAUUCUACAAUUCAUAAACAUGCAACCACAAAAAAUAGAAACUUACACUGUACAUAUAUCGAUUAUAAAAAAGCUUUUGACAGUAUUCCGCACACCUGGUUAAUACAAAUACUAAAAAUAUAUAAAGUAAACUCAAAACUGGUAGAUUUCUUACAGAACAUAAUGACACAAUGGAAGACCACACUUCAUCUCAGCACACAUCACGUUAAUAUUUCCACUAGAGAAAUAUUUAUUAGAAAAGGUAUAUACCAAGGUGAUUCCUUGAGUCCCAUGUGGUUCGGCCUAGCUUUAAGUCCGUUAUCACAUCUACUACAAAAUUCUAAAGCUGGUUAUUACUUCAAACGAAACGUAGAAGAAACUGUUAUAUCGCAUCUUAUAUACAUGGACGACAUUAAACUUUAUGCAAAAUCCGACAGAGAUAUGAAAAAGCUUGUAGAUAUUACGGCUCGAUUUAGUAAAGAUAUUAAAAUGGAAUUCGGUUUAGAUAAGUGUAAGACAUUACAUAUAAUAAAAGGUAAAGUCCGCCCUGGAGACUAUGAAAUUGAAAACGGAGAAACAAUAGCAGCAAUUGAACCCACUGACCUCUAUAAAUAUUUAGGAUAUAAGCAAUUAAAAGGACUAGACCACUCAACUAUUAAAAAGACUUUAAUUACAGAAUAUAAAAAGAGAUUAAGUUUACUUUGUAAAACACAACUUUCAGGCAAGGCUUUAAUAAAAUCCAUUAACACGUACGCAAUACCGAUAUUGACUUAUUCAUUUGGAAUAAUUAAGUGGAGUAAAACUAAUAUAGAAACAAUAGAACGUAAUACGCGAACGAUACUCACAAAAUAUAACAACUUACAUCCUAAAUCUGCAAUAGAAAGGCUUACUAUCAAAAGAGAACAUGGAGGCAGGGGCUUAAUAGAUAUUCGACAUCUCUGGAAGAAACAAAUAUCCAAACUAAAAAUAUUUUUCCAAUCUAAAUCCCGCACCAGUAGCAUACACCAGACCAUUCUCCAACACGAUCAUAAAUACACACCACUUAACUUAAUUGAAAACACAGAUAUACCAAAUAUAGAUGCAGAUCCUACUAAACGAAAAAUCGAAGAUUGGCGAAAAAAAGUCUUACAUGGGCGACACCCUCAUGACCUGACACAACCACACAUAGAUACAAUAGCAUCAAAUAAAUGGCUUAAAAUAGGUAAUCUUUUCCCGGAAACCGAAGGAUUCAUGAUAGCAAUUCAGGACCAGAUAAUCAACACAAGAAAUUACCGAAAAUAUAUCAUCAAAGACCCUACAAUAGCAAAUGAUAAAUGCCGCAAAUGCAACACUCAAUCAGAAACCAUACAGCACAUUACGGGAGCAUGCACAACACUAACACAAACAGACUACACUCACAGACAUAAUCAGCAUGUUUAG